CCUCACUAACCGUGAACCAAAAUUUGGUGAACAGCCAAAGUUCUUUCUCGCGAGUCUUCAGCUCGACGCAAACCGACUCUCUACUAUCCUGCCCCCUCCUUCGCGGCGCAAUUCCAGGUGGCCUACAGAGCCGCCUUACCUGCAAGCUCUCUCCAACAUCAGCGCGGCACCGAAAGAGUGUUUGAAGAAAAUCUGAGGACCAAUUGCAAUUGGCCCAGUUUGGGUUCGCUCCUGGCUACCAGUUGACUGUCACGGCCCCUUGCGCGCACCAACACCCCCACGACAAGCGAGUGUGCCCCUCUUUCUCUAACGCCGCCCCCGUCAAAUUUCGUCAUACCUGGGGAAGGGCUUGUCGACACAAUAAAAUAAAACCACAAAGUCUGUUUACUGCAGUCAACCACCGCAAUAAUGCCCAUGCUCAAGGACCCUUCCAAAAAGUACCAGCCGUUUCCCCCUGUCCACCUCCCGGACCGCCAAUGGCCAUCCAAGACGGUCGACAAGGCCCCCCGAUGGCUAUCAACAGAUCUCCGUGAUGGAAACCAGAGUCUGGUUGACCCGAUGUCCGGGGAUGAAAAAUGGACCUAUUUCAAGAUGCUGUGCGAGCUGGGCUACAAGGAGAUUGAGGUCUCGUUCCCGUCGGCGUCGCAGACGGACUUUGACUUCACAAGGCGACUGAUCGAGACGCCCGGCACGGUUCCCGACGAUGUCUGGCUACAGGUGCUUUCGCCGUGUCGUGAAGACCUCAUCCGGCGCACCGUCGAGUCGGUCAAGGGCGCGAAGAAGGCUAUCAUUCACAUAUACCUGGCCACAAGCGAAUGCUUCCGUCGCAUAGUCUUUGGCUUUACCGAGGAGGAGAGCCUCGAGCUGGCCACCCGGUGCGCCCGCUUGGUCCGCUCCCUGACCAAAGACGACCCGGCCCAGAAGGAUACCGAGUGGGCGUUCGAGUUCAGCCCCGAGACCUUCUCCGAUACGGGCCUGGACUUUGCCGUCAAGAUCUGCGAGGCCGUCAAGGCUGCCUGGGAGCCGACGGCAGAGAACCCCAUCAUCUUCAACCUGCCCGCUACGGUCGAGAUGUCGACGCCCAACGUAUACGCCGACCAGAUCGAGUACUUCUGCCGCAACAUAUCUGAGCGGGAGAAGGUUAGCGUCUCGCUGCACCCGCACAACGACCGCGGCUGCGCCGUCGCCGCUGCUGAGCUUGCUCAGAUGGCCGGUGCCGACCGCGUUGAGGGCUGCCUGUUUGGCAACGGCGAGCGGACCGGCAACGUCGACCUGGUCACUCUGGCCCUGAACCUGUAUACCCAGGGGAUCAAUCCCAAUAUCGACUUCUCGGACCUAAACCGCGUAAUCGGUGUUGUCGAGGUGUGCAAUAAGAUCCCAGUGCACCCGCGCGCGCCCUACGGAGGCUCCCUGGUUGUCUGCGCCUUCAGCGGCUCCCACCAGGAUGCCAUCAAGAAGGGCUUCCAGCUACGGGAGCAGACUGGGGCGGAGUACAACGACUACUGGCAGGUGCCAUACCUCCCCUUGGAUCCCAAGGAUAUCGGGCGCGACUACCAUGCCGUCAUCCGGGUCAACUCUCAGAGCGGCAAGGGCGGCGCGGCCUGGAUCAUCCAGCAGCACCUGCAUCUGGAUCUGCCCCGCGGACUCCAAGUGCAGUUCAGCAAGGUGGUGCAGAAGAUGGCCGACGAGCUGGGCAGGGAGCUGCUGCCAGUCGAGAUCACGGAGCUCUUCCAGAAGACGUACUCGCUGCGCGAGAACCCCCGCUUCUCCAUCGUGGACUACUCCAUCAACCCAGAUCGGUCGACGAGCCCCGCCCCUCCGGCGCCUGGUAAAACACAAGACACCAAGAACCUCAUGCGCGUGUUCGAAGGCGUCAUCGCGCUCGAAGGCAAGGAGUACAAGCUGCGCGGCAGGGGCAACGGCCCCAUCUCGAGUUUGGCCAACGCGCUCCGGUCAGUGGGCGUCGACCUCGACGUCAGCGAUUACAAGGAACACGCCGUCGGCAAGGGCCGAGACGUCAAGGCCGCCACCUACAUCGAGUGCACGGCUUCGGGGAUGUCACAGAAGAUAUGGGGCGUGGGUCUGCAUGAGGACGUGGUACAAAGCUCCCUGAUCGCGCUCCUGAGCGCUGCCAGCAACUUCGUUGGAAGCCGGCCUGGGAGCCCGAUAGUGGCCCGCCCGACACCACAAAGGUCUCUCAGUCAAGAGCUGGACCUGAACGACAGGAAUAGCCUGAAGCCUGGUGCGCACAACGGAACUGCUCGCAAGCCAGACCUGAUUCAGGCCCUGGAGGCACAAGCGGAUGAAAUGUGAAACACUGUCGUUUGGGCAGGUCGAGGAGGACACGGACUUCAUUUAUUGGUAUCAAACGGUUGGUGAUUGUUUGAGCCUAGUGGUCCAUGUGGGAGAAAAGCAUUGCAAAUGGGGACACGGUCAGAAACAAAAACCAAAAGAGCUUUUUCAAAAGGGGGCCCAGAACAAAAGGGAAAGAAAAGUAAAAGGAGAUGCCUGUCUAUUUGGAUCCAUGGAUGGGGCAACUAGCUAGUGUGUUGUUUGUUGGAUGAGUGGAUCUAGCUAGUAGCUAAGUAGGUAGAUAGACAUCUUCCUAGGUAGGUACUUAUAUGGUCAUAUGAAAAAAAAAAAAUCACAAAGGACCUACGUAAAGAUUAGGUUGCCUUGCUGGUGACGACGAGUUGAGCCCUGUCAGGCUGGGAGGGCAAGACAAGACUGCAGGGAAG